UCCGCCCCCAGCCCCGCCACGUCUCUCUCGGGCGCCGCUCCCGCUCCUGCUCCCGGUGCGGCUCCCGGUGCCGCCCCGCUCCGCCCCGCCGGGCCAUGGCGUUCACGCUCUACUCGCUGCUGCAGGCCUCGCUCCUCAUCGUCAAUGCCGUGGCCGUGCUGCACGAGGAGCGCUUCCUCCGCCACGUUGGCUGGGGAAGCGAUCAAGGGAUUGGAGGAUUUGGAGAGGAACCAGGAAUUAAAGCACAGCUGACAAACCUCAUUCGAUCAAUACGAACCGUUAUGAGAGUGCCAUUAAUAGCCCUGAACUCCAUCACAAUCGUUCUCCUCCUGUUGUUUGGCUGAAGACACCCGCUAGAAGUCCUUGGACAUCCAAAGAAACCAGUUGCUGACCACCACUGCUCUGAUUUCCCUGGGACGCAGCACGGUUUAGCUGUCAAUCUGACAUCCAACUUAAAAUAAUAAAAAGACACUGUUUCUAUUUAUCCCAUUUCCUAAUGUUCCCUUGCAGUUUCAUUAAGCAGGAUCACGGGAUCAAUGCAACAACGCUGCAAACACAUUGGACUGUGACCAGUUCUGUUGCUGCCUGUUCAUAGUGUUGAUUAAUUAUUAGAGUUAAUGUCAUAGGAUGUUGCAGUGACUGGCAAUGGGAUGCAGCUUUUAAAUGCCUCGUUACUCAGGGAUGAAUUUCCUUCAGUACGCUCUCCAAUUUGUUUUUAAAUUGAGGAAAACAAAAAUGUGGUUUUUUCAUUUCAGUUACUACCAUGGAACUGUUUAAGAGAACAUGAAUUAGGCUCUGAAAACGUGUUGUAAAGAAUACUUGUUAUAAAGGAUUGAAGUCCAGCUGUGAUAUGAAGGGAGAUAAAACCAGCUGGGUAAAGUCCUGAUUCAGGUUAUCAUUGAAAGCUGAAUUUUCCUGCUUUGACUGGGGAUUUUUGUCUUCAAAUUAGUAUUUCAUACUGAUGGUAAAGUCAGUUGCAAAUGGGUGCAACUGCAGUGCAAAACUUAAAAUUAAAAAUUAAGAAAAAAAAAAAAAAGCUGUACCUAAAGCUGGGUAACUCUGUGUUAACUUUGGGGAUAUUAGUAAUUAGCAUUUGUUACUCUUCUGUCAAGGAUUGUUAUUAUACUUUUUAAAAUGUGUAUUAAACUUCUGCGUGGUGAUUACUGUGGUCCAAGUGGGGAACCAUUUGUAUUCUGAGCUUCCUGGGACACGGGGAUGGGAAUUCCAGGGGAGAUUAACACCCUGCGCUUUUCAAAUGCAUUUCUUUGUUGAAAAACCCGCGAAUUCGCAGCCUCUUCUGUUACUGCUUCUUCCCCUCAUCAUCAUCAUUUGUUACAUUAACUGCUGUGAAAGUGCAACUGUGUGUGUGUGACUUUGCAGUUCUGUUGCAGAGAAUGCUCCUAAUUGCUCUUCUACCAUUUUAAGACUGCUGAGUUAGGUCUCAGCUGAGAAAAGAUGAUUCUCAUGUAUCUUUUUAGAGAAGUUAGAAUUCUUUGCCUGUUCCUCUGCUAAAGUGUUUUACCUUAAUUUCAAAAAGGGGAGGCCAAGGGAAACCUGGCAGUUUCAGUAUUUUAGAGCAGCUUAGUCGACCAUCUCUUGAUCUCUUGUCUUGAUGACUAAAGCAGAUGCUGUUGUGUACGAAGAAGAGUCUGUGAAACAUGUACAUGCAUUUAAUGGUCUUCAAUCAGUUUUUUGCAGAGUAAAGUACAUCCAGGAGGAGAGUUUCAUGUUUCCUUUUUCUUAGUGACUUUUGUAAAUAAAUCCUGAAUUUCCAAGUUAAGCA